CUAGAAGGUGGCGAACGGUUGGGGCAGGCACGAAAAUUUCCCUUCCAAGAUUCCGCUAAAAAACCGAAGACAACGCUCACACGGACGUGUGUCACCUCACUUGACGAAACAACAAAAAUGCAUUAACCGAGGUAGCCGAAACUUGUGGAUUUGGAGUCUGAAUCUUGCAAGAAAUGGGGAGGGAAUUACACAAGUUAAGAUGAGAUUGAAGGUGUCUCUAUAACUAUUACGCGCUCUAGCUAGAAGAGAAGCAUCGAUCGGACAGAGCAGCAGCAGGAGGCGUGGUGUGAGUGAGCGAGCUGAUCAGCACCGACACCGGAGCAGGCAUGGCCAUGGCCGGCGAAUGCACGACCGGAGCCGGAGGAGCAACGCGCCGCCUCAUUCUCAUCAUAACAGCACUCGUGGCAUUGAUGCUGCUGCAGCGUCCCUGCUGCUGCACUGCCGCUUCCCAGCCGGGCUCGAGCCAGACGCGGCCGCCGGCGCUGAUCCUGUUCGGGGACUCCAUCGUGGACCCGGGCAACAACAACGGCCUCACCACGGCGGUGCGGUGCGACUUCGCGCCCUACGGCCAGGACUUCCCCGCCCACAACGCCACCGGCAGGUUCAGCAACGGCAAGAUCGUCGGCGACAUCCUCGCCGCCCGGAUGGGCCUGAAGCAGUACGUGCCGGCGUACCUCGGCACGGAGCUCAGCGACUCGGACCUCCUCACCGGCGUCAGCUUCGCCUCCGGUGGCUGCGGCUUCGACCCCCUCACGGCCGAGAUCGUGUCGGUUCUGAGCAUGGACGACCAGCUGGAGCUGUUCAAGGAGUACAAGGGUAAGAUCGGCCGCAUCGCCGGCGCGCAGCGAGCCGCCGACAUCGUCUCGACGAGCCUCUACCUGGUGGUGACCGGCACCGACGACCUGGCCAACACCUACUUCACGACGCCGCUCCGGCGAGACUACGACCUCGAGUCCUACAUCGAGUUCAUCGUGCAGUGCGCCUCGGCCUUCAUCCAGAAGCUGCACGGGCUGGGCGCGCGGCGGGUGAGCGUCGCCGGCGCCCCGCCCAUCGGGUGCGUGCCGUCGCAGCGGACCAACGCCGGCGGCGAGGAGAGGGCGUGCGUGUCCCUGUACAACCAGGCGGCCGUGCUGUACAACGCGGCGCUGGAGAAGGAGCUCCGACGGCUCAACGGCACGGCGCUGCUCCCGGGGUCGGUGCUCAAGUACAUCGACCUCUACACGCCGCUGCUGGACAUGAUCCAGCGCCCGGCCGCCUACGGCUUCCAGGUGUCCGACCGCGGCUGCUGCGGCACCGGCCUGUUCGAGGUGACGCUCACCUGCAACAGGUACACGGCGCACGCCUGCAGCGACCCGACCAAGUUCCUCUUCUGGGACACCUACCACCUCACCGAGACGGGCUACAACCUCCUCAUGGCGCAGAUCAUCAAUCGCUACGGCUUGUGGUAGAUUCCGCAUCAUCAAACUUUACAAUCUCUAUAUCUACGUAUGUAUGGACAAGUACGAAUUUGCAAUGUCUCCAGAAUCCUGAUAAGCAGACACCAAUUUUGAAGCCAAAACACUAUUAUCCUUCCAAGAUAUUCAACCGCUACUAUAGUAUAUACAAAACCAGGGAAUAAACCAGACUUUGGUCCUUA